AUGGGUAAAAAGGGCGAUCUUUCACCGCGUAAGAAAGCUGAAGUAAAGGCUCUUUUAAAUACGAAAACAUUUUCGAAUCGGGAAAUAUCACGAAGAUUGAAAGUUUCUGAAGCUAGUGUACGACGCAUAAAAAAAGUAAUUGAGUCGGGGGAGGAAUUAAGCCCGAAAAGAAAGAAAAGAUGUGGUAGAAAACCAAUUUUCACUCCUCGGUCAGAGAGAUGUUUGAAGAAAAUUUGUCUAGAAAACAGAUUUGCUACCACAAAGGUAAUAAAAUCACAACUCCAGGAUGCUAGCGUAAAUGCUUCUGAACGGACUAUUCGAAUAAAAUUGAAAGAAUUAGAUUUUAAAGCCUGUCGCCCCGCCAAGAAGCCCAAGUUAACAGCUGCAAUGAAAACAAAGCGACUGAAGUGGGCCAAGCAAUGGCAAGAUCAAGAUGUGAACUUCUGGAGAUCGGUCUGCUUCAGUGACGAAAGCACAUUCGAAAUUUUACAGAAUAAAGCUCAGUAUGUGCGUCGUCGUCCAGGAGAAAAGUUUCGUCCUGACUGCGUCGUUACAACAGUUAAACAUCCCACCAAAGUGAUGAUUUGGUCAGUCAUCAGUGGCAAGGGUACUGGACGUCUGUACGUCGUGAAAGGAAUAAUGAGGCAAGACCAGUACAAAGAUGUUUUAGAAAAUCGGUUGAUUCCGCAGCUCAGAGAAUGGUUUCCAAAUGGGGAACCAUUCAUUUUCAUGCAAGAUGGGGCUCCCUGUCACACUGCUCGAUCAGUUAAAGCUUUCUUGGCAGAAAAUAAUAUUCCUCUGUUGGAUUGGCCGGGUAAUAGCCCCGAUAUGAAUCCAAUAGAAAAUGUGUGGGAGCUGAUGAAAAGAGAAGUGGCUAAGGAUGUGAUCACCAACAAAACCCAGCUCCUAGAAAAGAUUAUACAUGUGUGGAAUCAUCAUCCACAAAUGCAGGAGACAGUGCAGUCUUGCAUUGAUAGCAUGCCGCGCAGAAUUAAGGCUUUGAUAGCGGCUAAAGGUGGCUCAACAAAAUAUUGA